UUGGCCAUCCCAAGUAUCAACAAUCCAAAAGAAUUGCAAUCUUCCUAAGUAUGCCAGAUGAAAUCCAGACAGAAGAAAUCAUUAAGGACAUUUUUAAGCAAGGCAAAGAGUGUUUCAUCCCACGUUACAAGCCUCACAGCAAUCACAUGGACAUGCUGAAGUUAUCAUCAGCUGAAGACAUUUCAUCACUCACUUUGACAUCCUGGAAUAUUCUUCAGCCUAGUGAUGAUGACAGUGCACGAGAGGAAGCUCUUGCUGGUGGAGGUCUUGACCUUAUCUUUAUGCCAGGCCUUGGGUUUGACAAAAAAGGCAACAGACUGGGAAGAGGGAAAGGAUAUUAUGACACCUACCUUGAAAGAUGUAUGAAACAUCCCAGCGGAAAGCCUUACACGAUUGCCUUGGCUUUUCGGGAGCAGAUUUGUGAAUCAGUGCCUGUGGCAGAAAAUGACGUCCAAGUAGAUGAAAUCCUUUAUGAAGAUUGUUGAAUGUAUCUUGAUUUCAACCCACUUCCAGAGUGACCAACCAAAGACAUCAGAUCCAUCAGUCAUGACUUCUUAAUAGUCAUAUAGGUGACUUCGGGAACAAGAAAUACACUAUUGAACAAAAGAAAAACAAAAGAACAUUGUAAAUGUGGUAAUAGUAGUGAGGAUUGCGUUGAUUUGCUUCUAAUUAUCAAGUAUCU